AUGAAGGAUAACACAGUUAUCAUCACAAGUUUGAAUGAAGCAUGGGCAAAACCAGGUUCAAUAUUUGAUGUGUUUCGAGAGAGUUUUCGAGUUGGAAACGACACAAAAAAUUUCUUAAAUCAUUUGGUGGUAAUAAAUUGGGAUCAAAAGGCACAAGCACGUUGCCAAGCCAUACACCCACAUUGUUAUCAGAUUGAAUCAAAGAACGAGAAUGCCACAUCAAAGGAAGCAUUUUUUAUGACCAAAGACUACCUCCACAUUGUGUGGAGAAAAAUUGAGUUUCUUGGCUUUGUUCUUCAAAUGGGAUACAACUUUGUCUUUACGGAUACUGAUAUAAUGUGGCUAAGGAACCCCUUCAAAUAUUUUCAAGAAGAUGCAGAUUUUCAAACUUCUUGUGAUAAUUUCAAUGGCGACUCCUCCGACCUAGAUAACGCUCCAAAUACAGGGUUCAGCUAUGUAAAAUCCAAUGAAAAAACCAUUUGGCUCUACAAGAUUUGGUUCAAUUCUAGGAAGGAUUUUCCCAACAUGCAUGAUCAAGAUGUGUUCAACGAGAUCAAAAGACUCCCUCAAAUCUCAAGCAUGAACCUGAAAAUUAGGUUUCUUAGCCCAGAAUAUUUUGGCGGAUUUUGCGAGUACUUCAAGGAUUUUAACAAGCUUUGUACGAUGCAUGCUAAUUGUUGUGUUGGAUUGAAGAACAAAAUCCAUGAUCUUAGCAACUUUCUUGAGGAUUGGAGCAAGUACCUGGCGUUGCCUCAAAACAUGAAAGGCAAAAAGGCACAUUAUUAUCAUUCUUGGAGUGUGCCAUCAUCAUGCAGGUUCUAUCCUAGUACAGAGUAG